GGUUGAACUCAUUCAACAAGAAGAGUCUAAUUAAUGUAUCCUCGUUUUCUCUUUCUCUACGCUUUAAGCUUCGGUAUUUUUUCAGCAGAUAGGUUAUGCGUAACAAGAGCUCGAAGAUCGUCAAUGGCAAGCACAACAGAAAUGGUGAACCUAUCGUUCCAAGAGAAUCAUGUGGUGGUGAAUAACGGUAUUGUCCAAAUCACUCUUUCAAAUCCGGAAGGACAUCUUACGGGCAUAGAGUACAAAGGAAUCGACAAUUUACUUGAAAUAAUAAAUGAUGAACCUAAUCGAGGUUAUUGGGAUGUUGUAUGGAGUCCUCCGGGAAGUGCCGGAACCAAAGGUACUUUGGAAAGGCUUGCAGGAACAAGUUGUGAAGUUGUAGUAGAAACUGAAGAUCAGGUGGAACUCUCAUUUUCGAGAACAUGGGAUUCUUAUGAUGAGGGAAAGUUAGUCCCUCUCAAAAUCGACAAAAGGUAUAUUUUGCUUCGUGGAUCAUCAGGCUUUUAUACCUACGCAAUUUACCAACAUUUAGAAGAAUGGCCAAGUUUCAAUCUUGAUAAUACCAGAAUUGCUUUUAAGCUGAGGAAAGACAAGUUUCAUUAUAUGGCCAUGUCUGACGACCGGCAGAGGAAUAUGCCUUUGCCAGAUGAUCGGUUGCCUGGAAGAGGUGAAGAAUUAGCCUAUCCAGAGGCAGUUCUCCUUGUUGAUCCUGUGGAGCCUAACUUCAAAGGACAGGUAGACGAUAAGUAUCAAUAUGCUUGUGAAUUAAAAGAUCUUCGAGUCCAUGGAUGGAUUUGUAAGGAUCCUAGCGUGGGAUUUUGGCAAAUUACACCAAGUAAUGAGUUUAGAGUUGGUGGUCCUAUUAAACCCGAGUUGAAUUCUCAUGUUGGACCCACGACUCUUGCAGUAUUUGCAAGUACUCAUUAUGGUGGAAGCGAUAUGGUGAUCAAAUUUUCUCAAGGGGAGUCGUGGAAGAAAGUCUUUGGCCCCAUUUUUAUAUAUCUCAAUACUGUUUCCGAUGAGGAAGACCCUCUUACGCUUUGGGAUGAUGCCAAAAACCAGAUGUCUAUUGAAGUGGAGCUCUGGCCAUAUGACUUUCCCGCUUCUGCUGACUUCCAAUAUGCUGAUCAACGGGGUGUCGUUAGCGGUAGGUUACUUGUCCAAGAUAGGCUCAUUUCUGGCGACGAUUGCAUAUCAGCAAAGGGUGCUUACAUCGGGUUAGCACCACCAGGGGAAGCGGGAUCAUGGCAAAGAGAAUGCAAGAAAUAUCAAUUUUGGACCGAAGCAAAUGAGGAUGGCUAUUUUGAAAUACCAAACAUAAUCACUGGUGAAUAUAAUCUAUACGCUUGGGUCCCCGGAUUUAUUGGUGAUUAUACAAAUUCAACCAUCAUCAAUAUUACUUCAGGUGUUAAUAUUUACAUGGGUGAUCUUGUAUACGAGCCCCCAAGAGAUGGUCCGACUCUAUGGGAGAUAGGAUUUCCAGAUCGCUCAGCAGCUGAGUUUUACAUCCCUGAACCUGACCCGAUAUAUGCCAACAAUUUUCUUACUAGUGAUCCUAACAGGUUUAGACAGUAUGGAUUGUGGGACAGAUAUUCAGAUUUGUAUCCCGAUGAAGAUUUAGUAUACACGGUUGGAGAGAGCAAUUAUACCAAUGAUUUCUUCUUUGCUCAUGUUCUCAGGAAAACAUACAAUGACACUUAUGAGAAGACAACAUGGACGAUCAAGUUUAACCUUGACAAUGUCAAUGAAAGUGAAGCAUAUAUACUUAGAGUGGCACUUGCUUCCGCACAUCAAUCUAAUUUGCAGGUACGUAUUAAUGAUUUGAACAAAGAUCCUGUGUUUUCAACCGGGAAAAUUGGUGGAGACAAUGCAAUUGCAAGGCAUGGAAUACAUGGUGUAUAUUGGUUGUUCAACAUUAAAAUACCAUGCAACUAUUUUUACACUUGUGGAGAAAAUUUAAUCUACUUAACGCAAGCAAACAAUCAAAGUCGUUUUCAAGGAGUAAUGUACGACUACAUCCGUUUAGAAGCUCUUCCGACUUCCAUUGUUAAAAAAAAUUGAUAACUAUACAAAAUGCCAUUUUAAACAAAUAUAUAUAUUUGCACUCACAAAUAAUGCAUUAUAUUCUUUACUGCUUUGGCUUUGUAAAUGCUACAACGUCUUGGAGUCGGUCAUUAGCUCCCAAGAAGACUAAAAGGAGGGACAGGGUUUUUGAAACAAUUUUCUGCAUAUUAUCCAAAGUAAGGCAUACAAAAUUAAAUAAUCAAGAAUGGAAUAAAAGUAACCCACUACUUCUAACUUCUAUAUAUGAGUGAAAUUACUGAAAAGAAUGAACAAUUUACUAUCGCGAAAAAAAAAAAGGAAAACAUGAGUUUGACCAUAUCAAUCCCUUGAUGAAACUUCGUGGUUUAUUUGUGGCGGUUCGACUUAGGCUUCGGCUAGUUUAUUAACCUUGCAGUUGCAGGUGGACGUCUCUCUCUUUUGGGCCUCACUAUAGGUUGCCAUGUUGGGCUCAUGGCGAAAGGUACAAUUCCCAUUGCUCAUUGGAUAACGGUCUUGUCCUCAAUGGUGGAGUCAGCACUAGACUAUUAGUCCCUCCUAAGGAAAUUUGGAUAAUGAUUUCUAGUUCGAGUAUUAAUCUAAUAUAGAUAGGCCCAUUUAAACAUUAAAGAAAUAAUUAUAAAGCCCACAUGGCGUAUGUUAUUAAAGCAAACAUGUGUUGAUACAUGAAAAGUGAUCCUUUAGCAAUCUAAGGUGAAGUUUGUACGAGGCGAGAAAGUUCCGAAGUGGAGACCAUUUUGAAGUGAAGAUUAGUCUGAGAUGCAUCUUUUGUUGAAGUUAUUCUGAGUUUGUAAUAUGCAUUUAUUGUUACAAGUACUAUUUUUUAUUGUUCCUUUUGUCUAUUCGUAUAGUACAAGAGACAAGACCAUCAACAAUGGUUGUGUCAGUCUGUUGAUCUUCAGAUGUCUCCUAGUUCAUGCACUUUAUCAGAUUUGUCAUGUAGUCACUCCUCUGACUAUUUAAGGAGUAGUCACCUUUGUAUCGUGUGUGGAACAUACACCUUUCGCAU